AUGCCGCACCUAAAGGACGAGGAGUUGGGAAAGAAAGAUGACGACCACCGACUCCCACCAGCACGCUCUCGGUUCCUGCCUCAGCUUUCUAAGUUUCCUCGCCCUCGAAGGCUCAUUGCUGCUUUCAUUGGUUUUGUGCUGGUCUAUCAAUUCUUUAAGCACAUGCCGACCGACCUGAGGCCAGCCCGCGAACGAUAUGACCCACGCUUCAGACAGCAGAACCCUCUCCCUCCACCUCCUAACAGCCCGCAGUCCCCUGUGGUGCCACAAAUCGAUAUUCCAUCGGAUUCAGGAAUGCAAGGAGAAAGAAAUACGGGAAAAUUAUAUGAUGGAAGAAUCAAGCUCUAUGAGCUGGCCAGCUCGCUGCCCCCAGAUAAACACCCGGAGAAUGUGCCGAGCGGUGCUGUGAUGUUCGCUGGAUCAGAUCUCCACUGCAUCACGGACAUGCUGCCCUUGGCCUGCCGAAUGGCACGCAAGCAACGAAAUCAUGUCCACCUCGCCCUAUUCGGCAAAGAAGAGGUUUCAGUCGACGGAAUCAAACAGGUGAAUGGCAUCGUGGAAUCUGACUGUCCGAUCGUAUGGCAUGACAGUCGACCAGAUUAUGCUGCCCAGUCCACUGAUGACCGAGUAGCUCGGUCUGUCAAAGGUGGUCUUGGUUUCAUUGAGACCUACAUCGCCCCAGAGGUCAUUAUUACGGGCAGGAAGGAUUGGGAGGACUCAUUCUUCUUCGGUGGACUUGAGCGUCAUCUAUGGGAGUUUGGCACUCCCCAUAUUGCUCUUCCGACCACCUCUCGGGAUCUCAUGUGGAUGGCAUCCAUUGAUAGUACUGCUCUUAAAGUCUGGAAUGACAUUCGUGUCGACAUGGUGGUUCACGCAUCCCAGUCGGCAGGCUCUCUUGUCAGACUUCUCCGGUCACUGGACGCUGCUGACUAUUUGGGAUUUACUCCCAAAUUGACAAUAGAGCUUCCGCCGCAAAUAGAACAGAUGGAUUUACUGGGACAGCUAAAUGGCCUAUCCCAGUUGAAAGAACACAUCACUCUUCAGCGGCGUAUUAAACCGCCUUUUAUGGACCCUGUCGAAGCUUCUCUUCGAACGGUGGAAUCUUUCUACCCACUCAACCCGGGAGUUUCUCACCUGCUAAUCCUAUCACCGGACACCGAAGUGGCACCGUCUUUCUACCACUACCUGAAGUACAGCAUUCUGGCCUACAAACAGUCCGCUCGUACUUCCACAUCCCAGCUCCUUGGAAUAUCUCUUGAGCUUCCAUCUACGAAAUCAACCACCAAAGAAGAUCCAUUCCUUUCACCAUCCCCAAAAGCCAACUCCGGAUAUAUCCCUUCGUUCCUCUGGCAAGCGCCGAAUAGCAAUGCAGCAUUGUACUUCGGGGAUAAAUGGGCUGAAUUUCAUUCUUUCCUUUCACAUCGCCUUGAUAGUCCCGAGCCCAAAGCAAGCAUCCCUUCCUCAGAGAAGCUCGUCUCCACGAGGUAUCCAUCUUUCAUGGAAUAUCUACUUGAGAUGAUGCGAGCUAAAGGUUAUUACAUCCUCUAUCCCUCGUUCCCGGGCACUGGGGCCUCAUCUCUGGUGACUGUCCAUCAAGACUUGUCUCAAACUCCAGAAGAGUUCAUUCAGGACACAAAAGAUGGCGUAUAUGAAAACAAGGAUGCCGACGACAUUGAAAUGAUGCCACCGGGAAAAACACCGAAUCAGGCAUCGACUAUUAUGACCCUAUUUGACACUUUUGACCUGGGUCUCCCUAACUUAGAAAUCUUGCCUCUACUAUCAUUUGAUGGAGAGGAGUUGACCCAAGAAAAGCUCACUCAGCAGACCAAGGAGUAUUCUCAACAAUUCCGAACUCUACACGGAGGUUGCUCAAGUGACCGGGAGGGCGCUGGAUAUUCCCGGAGUGAUCUAUUUUGUCUGGAGGGAUGA